AUGGACGCGCUCCCGGGCGAGGCCUCCUGCCCCAUUUGCCUGGAAUAUUUCCGGGACCCCGUGUCCAUCCACUGCGGCCACCACUUCUGCCGCCCGUGCAUCGAGCGCUGCUGGGAGUGGCCCACGGCGGGGUUCGCUUGCCCGCGGUGCCGGGACACGGCCCCGGAGCGGAGCCUCCGCCCGAGCCGGGAGCUGGCGCGGGUGCUGGAGAUCGCCCGGAGGCUGAGCCGAGGGGAAGCCCUGGGAGCCGGGGACGAGGAGGAGGAGGAGGAGGAGGAGGAAGGAUGCCAGAAGCACCGGGAGCCGCUGGAGGUUUUCUGCAAGGAGGACGGAGCUCUGCUGUGCGCGAUCUGCCGCGAGUCCCGAGCGCACCGCGCCCAUACCGUGCUCCCGGUGCCUCAGGCCGUCCGGGAAUACAAGGAGCAAAUCCAGGCUCGGCUGCAAACUCUGAAGGACGACAGGGAUAAGCUCCUCGAGUUCCGGGAGGCUGAAAUGAGGAGAAACUGGGAGUAUUUGGAGAAGACCGAAGCCGAGCGGCAGAGAAUUCUCUCGCACUUCCAGGGGCUGCGCCUCUCCCUGGAGGAGCUUUUCCGUCACCUCCUGGCUCGGCUGGGGCACCUGGAGAGCGACAUCGGGAAGGUGCAGGAGGAGAACGUGACGAGCCUGACCAAGGAGAUCUCCCGGCUGGACGCCCGAGUCCAGGAGCUGGAGGAGAAGUGCGGACAACCUGCCAGGACCUUCCUGCAGGACAUCAGCGGCACCUUGAGCAGCCUCGGAAAGGAAAACCUUCAGCUGCCCCCGUCGCCUCUUCCAGAGCUGGAAAAGAAAAUCCAUCGCUUCAGGGAGGAAAAUAUUCUCCUGGAGGAGACACUGAGGAGCUUCCAAGACGCCCUGGUGUUCGAGAUGCCGGAGAAAAUGACGGUGACGCUGGACCCCAGCACCGCGCACCCCCAGCUCCUCGUGGCCCCCGACGGGAGCAGCGUGAGCUGGGAAAGCGCCCAGGACCCUCCCGGGGAUGGUCCCGAACCCGACCCCGGAUCCGACAGCGACCCUGUCGUGGAUGGAUCCGGACCCGGCACCGACCCCUCCGUGCUGGGCCGAGAGGGCGUCACGGCCGGGAAGCGCUGCUGGGACGUGCAGGUGUCCCCAGAGGGGUCCUGGGCCCUGGGGGUGGCCACGGAGACCCCCGGGACUGGGACAGAGACCCCCGGGAGGACCCCCGGGAGCGGUGCCGAGUGGGAGCUCUGGUCCAUGGGGCUCUGCCAGGGCCAGUUCUGGGCUCUCACAUGCCUGGAGCGCAUCCCGCUGUUCCCGAUCCGUGCUCCCAGCAGGGUGCGGGUGGCCCUGGACUACGAGAGGGGCCAGGUGGCUUUUUUUGAUGCUGAUAAGAGGAGCCUGAUCUUCGCCUUCCCGGCGGCCUCGUUCAAGGGGCAGAGCGUCCGCCCCUGGUUCCUGGUGUGGGGCGAGGGCUCCCGGAUCACUUUGUGCCCCUGA